AUGAUCAGCAACUAUCUCGACAUCCUCUACACGGACACGAACCUCAUCUUCGACCGCCGCUUCUACAGCUACGUGCUGCCCGCCGUGAAGUCGAUGGGCGAGCCGUACACGCUGCGCAUCAAGUUCACGACGGAUUUUUGGAAUCCGAUCCAGUGGAAGAGCGGACGCCUCUUUGGUCGGCCGAGACCGAAAAGUCAACAUUUUUCAAG